UUCUCAAGAAAGAAGAAGAGGAAAGGAAAGCUAAAGAAGGCAGUUCUCGCAAAGUUGUUCGCACUGGUAAAGUUGGAGGUCCAGACUUGAAAAGUUUCAUGCGGCAAUUUCCGAUUGCUUCAGAAGGUGAGAAGCUUGGUGAAGAAUCAGAUGCAAUGGAUAAACAGAGAACAAGAGAAGCAGAAGCAGAGAUUGCAAAUGGAGAACCUCUACCAAUGUCUUCAGAAGCAACAGGCUCUGGUGCAACCUUCAAGCCUGGAACAUGGCAACCGCCAAUAUGAUACUGGUUAAUCUCUUAUUGCCACUCAUAAAACAGUCAGUCGUUUGGCGCUCUUUAUUUUUUUUAUAACUAGAUUUUACAAGCUUCACUGGUGAGAUGCAUCAUUUUCUGUUGGAAUAUAUACAAUUUAGGCAUUGUCUAUCUGACUUUUUACUUUUUUGAUCAUACUGGGAUUUUCUAGGAGAAGGCCCUAAUUUCAUGCAAGCACAGAAAUAUUAUUUGAAAUUUCUGUCAUGAUGUAUAAUCAUAAGAGUAACUUGGAGUUUUCUGCAUAUCAUUUUGUAUAAGUUCUAACAGUAGAGCAACUGUCACAAUUUUUGAAAUGUGAUUCAUCAUUCUUUAUCUUCUUUCA